AUGAUCGGCUCAUUCUGGAACCUGUGCCGAGCGUGCCCUUCCAUGCCCGUAGAUAAGCUGCACUCCGAGUACCGCAGCACUUACAAAUGGCACGAAUACAAGGAACAGCAGCAGCAGCAGGGCGUGGUGAAGCAGCCAGCACCCACGCCCCCCUCCGCACUGCCCAUACAAAGGGGGCCCAUGGAGCCAGCGAUGCCUCGUCGCAAGAAGUACCCCGGAGUGGCGUACAAGACGAACGAGCUGUUCGACCCGGCGCCUGCUGACGACAUCAGACCGCAGCAGACGUCGGCCUUCGAUAGAGCCAGGAGUGCGCAAAGGAACGAUGCUGAUCGCGCUGGGCGCCGCAGCAAGUCUGAAGGUCCACGCCAGCCGCGCUGGACUGACACCGUGGAACCCAAGGCUACGACGGCGUUGGGAGAGGUGAUGGCAGCCAAGGAACCGGAGAUAGUUAGCACGGAGUACCGCAACCAGUUCGCGUGGCCCAAGGACACCACUGAUGCUCCCAGGAAGAGCAUCUCCAUGGGAGCGCUGAAGAAGGCUGCCGUAGCUGAAGGUCUAGUAGAAGCUGAACCGCUCAUGAACCACGUGGACGGUGAUCAUGAUGACCACAAGCGGUACAUCGAAGAUUACCUCUGGAAUGGACAGAAACCUGGAGUACAGAGGGGGAAAGGGAAGGCAAAUGAGGAGGCGAGCGAGAGGAUGCUGGGGGAUGCGGGGCAGGGGGUGUCGGGGGCGAGUGCGGGGCAGGGGAGUGGGGCGGGAGGGGUAGCGGGGGUCGGAGAUGCCGGGGAGGACAGCGCCAACACGCUGCGCGCGGCCGGCUUGCAACCGCUCGGCCUGGCCCAGGGUGACUCCUGGUACCGAGAGGUGCUGGACCUGCGCAAGCGCGCCGGCGAGUACAAGUACCGCGGCUGGGGGACAGAAAUGGCGCCAGAACACAUCACACAGCUUUACAAUAAGCAGAUCGAACUCUGGUACCAAGUGUCCCGCCGAUCCUCGCUGUCGGCAUUAUCACUAGCUUCCACAAAUCACAAGGCACUGCCUCGCGACGAAAAAGAUGGAAAGGAAUCCAAGGGCCACUCGCCGAAGAAGUUCAGGUCCUUCAGAUCCGCCCCUCACCAGUCUAUCCACGCGAAGUUACAAGAGACGAAGGCGCUGGAACGCUCGCCUCAUAAGACUUCGCCUCAGAAGCAGAGGAAGAAGCUGCAGGGACAUAGCUUCGAUGAAGGUGCUACCCAGGAUGGAGCCAAGGGAGAGAAUGCAGCCUUCAGGUCUCCCAGGCGGCGACCUCGUUCAGCUGACCCGGCGCCUGCCGCAGCACAUGUUAAGCUCCUCGCCAAUGGGCACGAACCUCACCCAGCGCCCAUCAAACCUACUGGUUUGCAGUUGAGUAGAGGGAGUAGUAAUAGAGUUAGGUCGACAUCAAGGGGCGGGCGGUCGCCGUCAGCGCCGAGCAAAACUGGGGCUGGGGCUACGGGGACAACUGGGGCUACGGGAUCAAAUGGGGCUCCGGGCCGAGGGCGCCGCAGCCGAAGUGUGUCAAAAGUCGGCAUAAAGUUGGAUGACGAGAUCCCCUCGCACCGCAGCGCGUCCGUAGCAAAGGAUCAUUUCUUCGACGACUCUCCUGUCGUGAAGUCGCCCCCUGAACCAACCAGGGUCAAGUCUCCGGAGCAAAUGAACAUGCGAUCUCCAGAUCCUGUCAACUGGACUGUCCCACUGGACACCGGCAAGACGUUUACCGUCACCCAAAAUGUGAAAAGCGAAAUCGCUCCGAUACAUCACCAGCAAAUGUCGCCAAUACGUUCGCUGAAAAAGAGCGAAUCGCCAACCAGCCUGAGCAAGCGCACCGACAAGACACCGACCACGCCGAUUAGCCUUACUCCCAUCGAUGAGACGAAGGCUUUAGACAUGAACAAAGUUAAUGGGAUCAAUGGCGUGAACGGAGUCAAUGGCGUCAACAGCAAUGAGCUUACCCCUGAAACCCCUACUCAGGAACCCAUUCAAGAGAAGGAAUUGAUCAAGAAGUCGACUGAGGCCACCCAGAUAGCUCCUGGAGUGGUGGAUACUAACGUGGUGAAUGAAGCUCCGGCCACCGGCGGUCUGACCGCCUCGGAGAUACUAGAUAGGGCCCGCACGAGGUUUGACAAGUUCUGGGGCAAAAAAGAAGAAGACAACGUUUAG